AGGACAAGGGAAGGGCCCAGGACAGGGGCUGGAAGGAUCCGGAAGGUGCUGGGAGGUGCCAGGAGUCAUCCUCUUUCUCCCCCUCCCCCCACCCCUUGCAGGGUUGUGGCAGCAGAACGACCCCCCGGGAGCAGGGCGCCGGCGACGGGCACCGGCUGGCACGAGGUGUCGACAGCGGGCAGCAGGUGGUGAGGAUGGAGAAGCUCCCACAACCCUCACCGGCUGAGGAGGAUGAGGAUGAGGAGAAGGAUGAUGAAGAGGAGGAUGAUGAUGAGGAGGAGAAGGAUGAUGAAGAGGAGGAGGAUGAGGAGAUGGUGGGGGGCACUGAGGGCAUCCUGCACUACGAGCAGCACCUUGCCAGGCUGCUGGCCACGGUGGCACAGCUGCACCGGAGAGCUGAGCAGCUGCAGCACCGAGCAGGCAGGGAGGAUGAGGAGGUUUGGGAGGGCACUGCCAGCCCCACUGCUGCCAGCCCGCAGCCUCAGUGCCUUGAUGGCAAACUCGAAGGUGGCACUGGUCUGGAAGCAGCCCCUGGCCCCGACCUCUUUGCCGCCCUGCAGCACGCAGUGAGCUCCCUGGAGCGCGCUGUCUUCUCCCGGCACCGCCGGGCACCGCCGCAGCCUUUGCCCGGGGAGGAGUGGGCACGAGCGGCCAAGAGCCUGGAGGAGCUGGACCGGGCACCGUGCUGGGCUGGGAGGCCGGUGUGCCAUGGCCCGGAGGAUGGAGGGGGCGAGGGGCCGCUGGCAGAGGAGGCGGCGGUGGCAGCGGCGUUGGCCAGGAAUGUGGCACUGAGGGCGGCCCUGGGGCGCAGGGAGGAGGAGCUGUGCCAGGCCGAGGACUCCCUGCGGGCGCUGCGGGGGGACCGCGACCGCCUGCAGCGGAAGGUGCAGGACCUGCGAGAUGCUCUGUGCAGGCUGGAGGAGCCAGAGGGCUCUGGCAGUGACACCCCUGGGCCUGGCACCCCCUUGGCACAGUCCCAGCUGCUCCUGGACCAACCCCAGGGCCACGACAGUGCUCAGCCCCACGCCCCCCUGUCCCCCCAACCCUCUGAGGGUGCCAGGCGGGAGCAGGAGGAGCGGGCACGACAACUGCAGGGGUGCCUGGCACGGCUGCAGGAGGCGAACCGGGCACUGGCAGGUGCCCUGCAGGACUGCAAGAGCGAGGCAGAGAGGCUCAGCAUGGUGCUGGGCCAGCACGAGGCCCGCAGCACCGCCCUGCGCCUGGCACUGCGCUGCAGCGAGCGCUGUGGGGGGGCCUACGCAGCCCUGCUGGAGCUGGUGCGGGGGAAGAGGAGCAGGGAGCAGGAUGGGACCCGCGGGGGUGAGGGGGGAGGAUACUGGGGGGAUACUGGGGAGGUGAUGGGGGAUUCUGGAAGGGGAUCCUGGGAAUUCCAUGGGAAGGAUGUUGUGGAGUUCAUGGGGAGGAUACUGGGCAGUCUGUGGGGUAUCCCUGUGGCCAUACUGGGGAGUUCUCAGGGAGGAUCCUGGGGGGUGCUUGGGAGUUUGUGGGGACUACACUGGGGGGAUACUGGGAAGGUCCUGAGGAGGAUGCUGGGGAGGUACUGGGGAGUUCAUGGGGAAGAUGCUGGAGGAUACUGGGGGAUGCUGGGAGGAUGUAGUAGGAGGGAUGCAGCUGGAUGCCCAGGGGAUACUGCAGGGUUAUCAGGAUGCAGGAAGGAUGCUGGGGACCUCUUAGUCCCCAGUCCAGUCCCUGUGGGCACAUACUGGGGAGGGGCACCUGCCCCAGUGCCACCUGCCCCAUGCCCAGGAGCUGGGGAAGAGCAGAGCCUGGGGCAGGGACAGGGAUCCAGCCCCACACCCACGGAAGGGAGGCAGCUCCAGGAUGGCGCAGAGACGGAGGUCCAGGAGGAGAGUGGAGACAGCAGACUGCAGAGCUUCCCAGCGCCCCUGGAGGAAGGAGCCCUGCGGGAGCACAUCCGCCGGCUGCGCACGGAGCAGGCGGCCCUGGAGGCAUCUCUGCAGGAUGCCCCAGCCCCCACCAGCACCCACCGCAGCCAGGAUGCCCGAACCAGGGCUGAGAGGGCGCUGCAGGACGCCAGGGACCUCCUGCCCGGCUGGAGGAGGCCGGAGAAGGCUGAGCUGCUGCAGGACUUGGCAGUGCUCAAGGAGGCCAUGGCUGACCUGAAGACUCGGCUGCAGCUGGCACAGAGGGAGAAGCGAGGGCUGGAGGUGCUGGUGGCCGGGCAGGGACCACGCGAGGCUGCCCUGUGCUUGCUGCUCCAGCACCUGCAGCAGGAGCAGGAUGGGGACCACAGCCACCCCCCCAGCUCCCCCAGCAGCUCCAGCAGCAGUGAGGAGGAUGCCCCAACCGCUCACGUGGGAGCAGCAGCUGCCCAGCACCCUCCGGACCCAGAGCAGAUGAGGGACGAGCUGCUCCGUACCCUGACCAGGCUGCAGGAGCUGCAUGCCCAGGCGCAGACCCUGGUGCUGUCCCUGGAGCAGAGCGUUGCCAGCAGCCGUGCCCAGCAGGUGCAGCGUGCCACCAUCACCAGAGAAUUCUUUCAUGCUCACAGCGUGGCCCCCGCAGCGCCCUGGCCCUGGGGUACCGCAGUGCCCGGCGGAAGCAGGCAGCGCAGCUGCGCCAGCUGGAGGCACAGGCAGGAGCCCUGCGCAGGCAGCAUGCCCGGCGGGAGCAGGCCCUGGCCCACAGGCUGCACACCCUGGAGCAGGGGAGAGCCAGCAACGAGACCUUCAUCUAGGGACCCCUCGACACCCCCAGAUAUCAAUCCCCAUCCCCCCUGCCUACACCAGCAGGUGCCUGCUGUGUCCCCACGGAGAAUAAAGCAGCGAUGCCCCCAGCCCCGGCGCUCGGCCUUGCUGCCCGCCUUGGCACACCCUGAGUCUUUGCCAAGGACAGAGCGUGCCAUGAGCUCAGGGAGUGGAGCCGGGGGCCCCUUGCCCCUGGCACGCUUCGGCGAGGUUCACUCCACCACCCCCCAGCCCAAAAACCCCUCGGGGGGGCAGCGGCUGCACCACUGCCACCCACCCAUGUCCCGAUACCCAUCCUGGAGCCCUCUGCAAGCCCUGCUGGGCGCCUCUGCCAUGCCAGAGCCUUGCCCGGGGGGCGUCGGGGGCGGGGGGGAAGGGGGAGGCGGGGGCGAGGUGGGGGUGGGCACAAAAUGUGCCGGCAGCUCCCGGGGGCCCUUUUGUGCGGCGGAGGCAGCGGAGCAGGGCGAGGAAGGAGGAAUUCCUCCGGAGAUCAAACGCUGCGGCCAACUGGACACCGACGUCAAAACAAACCCGGCGGGGCCGGGCAGCGGCCGGGGGGGUACCGUGGGCUCCCGGUGCCAGCAAAGCGCUGUGGUCCCCGAACGCCACCGGGCCACCUCCAGUGGCCGAACCACCCCGAUGCUAGCCCAGGGCAUCUCCCUGCCGCUAACCGGUACCGCACCGGGCUCAUCCCCUCCUCCACCACAGCCGAGCGCACCCUGCCCCGCUCCGGUGCCUACCCGCUUCCCCCCGCCCUCCCCGGUACGCCGGCGAGGCCAGGGCCGGGGCCGGGGCCGGGGCAGGACCCGGCGAGCGGAAGGGGAGGAGGACGGGGAGGAGCAUCCAGGGCGGCCACCGCGGCAGCGGCUGAACUUUGCUCUUUCACGGGAGGCGGGGAGAGAGCCCCGGGGCUCGGCGGAGCCGGUCCCGCCGGACCCGGACCGGCCUGAAUGCAACGGCGGCGGCGGCGGAGCCCGUAAGGGGCGAGGGGCGAACCGGGGCAGCGCCGCCGCCUCUUCAUCAUCUUCCCCCUCCUCGUUCCCUGCCGGUACCAGAGGAACCACCGGAGGCCCCCCCUCCCCCCGCAUGCAACCGAACCUCGGGACAGCCCCGGGGAUGCUCCGCACCGAGCCCCUCUCCCGCCGCCCUAAAGUUUUCCCGUUAACGGGAAGGAGGGAGGGGAAAACCCUGGGAUAA